AAAAGUUUGACUUUUAUGGAAUCUUUGCUACUUUACUUUAACUUAUUCUAACUUUGCUUUUUUAUAUCUAAGACAAUAAUUUUAAGUAGAUUCAAGAAAUUAAUAGUAUUAAUUAUCUAUCAAGUAUAACGCUAAUAAAAACCAGAUUUGGCGAGUACAUCUGGUACAGGAAGUAUAAAUACACUUUCCAGAGAAGUAAUUGAGCAUCGUUUGAAUAUAAUUUUAUUGCAUUAGAGGCAAACAUGCCAGGCAUUGCCACCAUGUCUUUAGAUAACAUGUUUUGCACCCGUUGUGGUGAUGGCUUUGAGCCCAAUGAAAAGAUUGUCAAUUCAAACGGAGAGCUUUGGCAUACUAACUGUUUUGUAUGUGCCCAAUGCUUUCGUGUAUUUCCCGAGGGUGUAUUUUACGAAUUCGAAGGACGUAAAUAUUGCGAACGAGAUUUCCAAGUGCUGUUCGCCCCUUGUUGUGGUAAAUGUGGUGAGUUUGUGAUCGGCCGCGUGAUAAAAGCGAUGAAUGCGAACUGGCACCCGGCGUGCUUCCGAUGCGAGGAGUGCAGUGCGGAGCUGGCGGACGCCGGCUUCAUCAAGCACGCCGGCCGCGCACUCUGUCAUACCUGCAACGCGCGCCUCAAGGCGGACGGCCUGCAGAACUAUAUGUGCCACAAGUGCCAUGGGGUAAUCGAUGGUGAGCCGCUGCGUUACCGCGGCGAAGUGUACCACGGCUACCACUUCACGUGCGCCACAUGCGGCGUCGAGCUCGACCACACGGCUCGCGAGGUCAAGCACCGCCCGGGAUAUGCUGCAAACGACGUGAACAACCUUUUCUGCCUGCGUUGUCACGACAAAAUGGGUAUUCCCAUUUGCGGCGCUUGUCGUCGCCCCAUCGAGGAGAGAAUCGUCACCGCUCUCGGCAAGCAUUGGCAUGUUGAGCAUUUCGUAUGUGCCAAAUGUGAGAAACCAUUCCACGGGCACCGGCACUAUGAGAAGAAAGGUCUGGCUUACUGCGAGCAGCACUACCACCAGCUGUUUGGUAACCUGUGCUAUGUCUGCAACCAGGUCAUUGCCGGAGAUGUGUUCACAGCGCUGAACAAAGCGUGGUGUGUGCACCACUUUGCGUGCGCUGUGUGCGACGCUGCGCUGAGCACGCGUAGCAAGUUCUACGAGUACGACGAGCGGCCCGCGUGUCGCCGCUGCUACGAGCGCUUCCCGCAGGAGCUACGCCGCCGUCUACGCCGCGCUCAUCACUACACGCACAGGAGGAACUGACCUCCGAUAAUAUAGCUCGAAGUAUUUGGUGGAACAACACGACCUGCUAUGAAAAUUAUUAUUUUGUCAUAUAAAAAAUAGACAUUAACAUUAUUAAUCUAUAUUAAAUAUAAUUUAACCAUGUAAUUUACUAAGUAUCUGACAAAUAUUUGAGGGGAUCAACUAGUUAUUCAACCAAUAUUCAUAGUUUACAAUGAAAAAGAGCGAUGCCACACAAACGAUCGCAAAAACGACGCGGUACGUUUGUAUAGUUUUACAAUAAACAGAGGGCCUAGCACGAAUAUUCCUGAGAAAUUUUUCGUAACGUUAUAGACAAAGUAUUUUUUUUUAUAUUACAAGGUGUUUUUAUAUUACAAUUCGCCGAAAUGGCGACAUUC